UACUUUGCAUCAAAUAAGCUGACAUUUGGGAGUGUGAAGAGGAUGGAGGACCUGCUUACAGACUUUUGUUGUAUAUAGAGAGAUAUAAAAUCACAUUGUCAAAGGCAAAUUGAAUUGAAAUACUUUAUUGUCACUUGUACAACUUGUAUACAGUGAGAUUACACGAGCACCCCCCCACUCAGCUCUCUUAGUCUUAAUUCCCCUCGUUUACUGACGCACACCCACCAAACCCGAAAGUCAGUUGCCCUGUUAUUAUCUUUUCAUUCAGCAGCCUAACAGCCCAUGGAUAGAAGCUGUUCUUUACCCUGUUGGUGCGACUAAUCAUGCUCCUAUAUCUUCUGCCUGAGGGCAGGAGAUCAAGAAAGUGCCGGCCAGGGUGUGAAUCAUCCCUGAGAAUUUUCCUCACUCUCCUGAGGCAACGUACUUCCGCUAUUUCAUCCAGUGGAUUCACGGGACAGCCCAUAAUAUCUUGUGCUGUGUUCACCACCCUCUGUAGGCACUUCCUAUCAGAUGAUGUCAAACCAGCAUACCACACCGUGAUGCAGUAUGAAAGGACACUUUCUAUUGUUGACUGGUAGAAGGAGAUAAUCAGAUGUUGAUUGCCAUUGUUCUUCCACAAGACUCUGAGGAGAUGGAGUGUCUGUUGGGCUUUCUUAACCACCUGGGUUGUAUUUAUUUUCCAAGUAAGGUCUUCACUGAGAUAAACUCCUAGGAAUUUAAAGGAAGAGACUCUCUCCACACAGCCCUCCCCGAUGUACAGCGGGGCUAGUUCUCCUCUCUUCCUCUGAAAGUCCAACACCAUCUCCUUUGUCUUGAUGAUAUUAAGGUGCAAGUUGUUCCCUAGGCACCAUGUAGAUAUUUUUUGGACCUCCCUUCUAUACACUGAUUCGUCUCCACCUGUUAUUAAACCCAUUAUGGUGAUGUCAUCUGCAAACUUAAUAAUUGCAGCAGGCGGGUCAGAUGAUGCACAAUCGUAUGUAUACAAUGAAUAUAGAUAGGGACUUAGCACACAUCCCUGUGGUAUGCCAGUCCUGAUUUUUAAGGAAUUAGAUGUUACACGUCCAAUCCUCACUGUUUGUGACCGAUCUAUCUGAAAGAAUGUUUGAAGCUUUCUUAUUCCGGGAACUUAGGCUGGGUACAGACUUAUACCUUCAAAUCACAUUUGAAGAACAUUCCUUCCUUCCAAGAAUUCAGGGCGCUGUAAUUUGCUAAGGGUUUCCUCAGGUUUGUGACUCUGAGAAAAGUGAAGGGAAUAAUUUGAGGCAGAUUGUCUGGGAUUUCUCAGUCAGGGACAUGCAAGCCAUGCUUAAUGGGAAGAGAGGAAUGAAAUGAGAAGUGAAAUUAGGAAGUGGAGAAAGAUUGCCAGCCUUGCCUCUUUUCCCGUGUAAAAGGCAUUGGCGUCAAGGACACUUUUUUCAAGCCCUCCCUCUGCUUCUCCUUCACGUCACACUUCUUGCUCUGUACGUGUCACAGAGCUGCCCCCCAAAAACCAGUUUCCAAAAAUAAGCACAAAAGAGAAAGCGAGGACCACAAGCCAGCAUGAGGACUGUUUCAUCCUGUGUGAUGCUGUGCAAAAUAACUGUGCCUCCAUCCGGUGUGAUGCUGUGUGUAUUGUGCUUGAUAACUGUAAAUGAGCAUUUGUGUUUUUCAAAGAUCUUUUGUCACCCCCACUGACUUUAAAAAGCCCCAGCUUCCCUAUGUUCCCUAUAGUAGGUGCUAAUGUGCUCAGCAUUUUAUCAGUUACCCAAUUUCUCUCAGCUUCCACAUCUGCAUUUGAGAGUGGCCAUGACAGCUUCUGCAGAGCAGCUCAGUGCUGCAAGGCAUGCUGGGAACUCUUCUUGAGGCCACCCUGGUGGUCAGCCCCGUUUGACACCAGUGGCGCACCCAGAAUGCUCAGCAACGCCACUGUGUUUCUCCUCAGUGUGUUUGGAAAGAAGAUUACUAUUGCAGAUGCAUCAGCUCAGUGUUGCUGCUGAAGCUGCUUCUUCUAAACCCCAUCCUUGAAGCAUGGAGCAAAUUGGCCGUCUCUUUGUCCUCCUGGCCUCAUUUUUUGCUCUUUCCUGGAUGGCGGCCCUUGCAGUUCUGCCUCCACCAGCUCCAGAGCUGUCCAUUAUCCCUCCAAGACAGACCUUUCUCCAGGGACAGCGGUUCAAGUUGAAAUGCUCCCACCCGGAAGGGCAGCUGGCAGCCAAAUUCUUAUUUUAUGAAAUUAAAGCUGAUGGUGGGUGGACUAAACUCCAAGAACAGUUCAAUAAUACCCUGGAAAUCACUGCAGAAUUUCAGGAAAUAAAGAAAUCAUUUGUCUGUGCCUACAUGGAAGAAAGCAGUGCAGGACAACUAUCUGAACUGAGUAAUCACAUCAACGUUUCCAUCCCUGCGUCCUUCCCACCUGCUGAACUUUUUCAGCAACCACAGGAACCUGUUUACAGUCCAGGAGAAUGGGUUACCUUGACCUGUUCAGCUCCUGAGGAAAUGGACGUGGCAGGAUUCAACUUCUACAAGGAACAUGAUCAGAACUACAAGGUGUUGCCAGAUCAAGGAAGCGGCCCCUAUGCAGCAUUCCCUGUGAAUAAAAAUACUGCUGGAGUAUACAGAUGCCUAUACUGGGUGCAGAAUUCAGGACAGAUGAUCCAGUCCCCAGUGAGCUCCCCAGUCUCUGUAGUCAUGACAGAACACCCUCGUCCCCCAGUCUUAACUGUUUCGCCAGAAAAGGAUAGCUACAGAAGAGAGGAGUCCAUAAAACUUAGAUGUUCAGCUUAUGAAAGCCGUGAUGUAUCAAAGAUCCAGUUUUUCAAGGACAAGAGGCAACUGCAACUCAUCAAUGUCCCCUCCUCUCUGAACACCUUCACACACAUACAACUGCUUCUUCCUCAAGAUGGUGGCGAUUACUCCUGCAAGUACCACAUUGUGGAAUCCGGGCGAGAGUUGCCAUCCAGAGAGAGCAACUCCAUCAGGAUUUUGGUGUGGGAUGAACCACUUUCCACAAUACAUCCACUGUCCAGCCUUCACCAGGCUGUUCUGAGUUUUGCCGCCACAACCGGGCCCCCUAGAAAGUCAACACUGGCAACUUCAUCAACAAGCUCUUCUCGCUACAUCGCCAGAACACUCUCAACACGCACAAAGCUCCUUGCAUCAAGCACCUCCUGGUCCAGCUCUUCGCAGUUGAGUCUGCAUUAUAGCACCUCAACCAGCAGCACCAAUGCUCAGGAGAGCAGGAAAUCAUCCACCUGCUGUGAUCCCAAAUCAAGCACAGACCAAAAGAAGGACGAUUCAGAAAAAGGUUCAUAUCCUUGUCUAAUCUCACUGGCCAUUAGAUGUGGCACCUGCGGAUGUCUCCUCCUCCUGGUGUUUGUUGUCUGCAUUUAUAGGAGAAAGCACAAAGAUAAGAGAGUGAUCACAGCAAGGACUCAGAUGCCUUUUACUGCCUUGCCGCCCCCUGCUCUGCCGCAGCCCCCAAUAUCGCAAUCAUGGAUGGAGAGCGGAGCCAAACCAGCGGAAGACCAGGAGGAAGGUCUCUACAACAACAUUCCCCUUCAGGGCAAGAAGAGAGCAGAACAAUACAGAGAUUCUGAAGACGAAUGAGCCAUCGGGAAGAUUAAAAUAUUCAGAUGGGGAUUUACGACCAGGGAGAUGGGGUGGAAGGGGUCAGGGAAGAGGGCAGUGUUCUGCCUUCCCCUGCCUAUUCCAGCAUAUGGCUUGGCUCACUUUCUGCAGUACUUUCCUCAAGAGCAGGGGUCAGCAAACUUUUUCAGCAGGGGGCCGGUCCACUGUCCCUCAGACCUUGUUGGGGGGCCGGACUAUAUUUUGAAGGAAAAAAUACGAACAAAUUCCUAUGCCCCACAAAUAACCCAGAGAUGCAUUUUAAAUAAAAGCACACAUUCUACUCAUGUAAAACACGCUGAUUCCUGGACCAUCCGUGGGCCAGGUUUAGAAGGCAAUUGAGCCGGAUCCGGCCCCCGAGCCUUAGUUUGCCUACCCAUGCUCAAGAGUUUGUCAGUCUAAAAUACUUUGCCGUGUUGUCCAAUCUCAAUAUUUUGAUCUUGGAUUGUUUUUUGUUGUAUGUUUAUAUUUUUAAAAAUCAAAAAAAAAAAUUAUAUAAUGUGACCUGUUUGGAUAUUUUCUUUGUAAUUAAAGAAAUAUUUCAAAUAAAUAAGUAAAUCAAAACUUU